AUGGGGAACUGCUGCGGCGCGCCGUCGACGCAGGGUGGCGGCCGGGGGAAGAACAGGAGGAAGCCCAAGGCCAACCCCUACACCGUCGCGUACAACCGCGGCGCGGGGGCGCCGCCGGCGCGGGCGGGGCUGGUGGUGCUGCGGGACCCCACGGGCCGGGACCUGGACGACAAGUACGUGCUGGGCGGCGAGCUCGGCCGCGGCGAGUUCGGCGUCACCUACCUCUGCACCGACGCCGCCACGGGCGCGCGGAUGGCCUGCAAGUCCAUCUCCAAGCGCAAGCUGCGCACCCCCGUCGACGUCGAGGACGUGCGCCGCGAGGUGGAGAUCAUGCGCCACAUGCCGCUGCACCCCAACAUCGUCAGCCUCAGCGCCGCCUACGAGGACGAGGACGCCGUGCACCUCGUCAUGGAGCUCUGCGAGGGCGGCGAGCUCUUCGACAGGAUCGUCGCCCGGGGACACUACACCGAGCGCGCCGCCGCCGCCGUCACCCGCACCAUCGUCGAGGUCGUCCAGAUGUGCCACAGAAAUGGUGUCAUCCAUCGGGACCUCAAACCGGAAAACUUCUUAUAUGCAAACAAGAAGGAGAGUUCUCCUCUGAAGGCAAUUGAUUUUGGGCUAUCUGUGUUCUUCAGGCCUGGUGAACGGUUUAGCGAAAUCGUAGGCAGUCCAUACUACAUGGCCCCAGAGGUUUUGAAGCGCAAUUAUGGCCCUGAAAUCGAUGUCUGGAGUGCAGGAGUUAUACUUUACAUACUUCUUUGUGGUGUGCCACCAUUUUGGGCAGAAACUGAACAAGGAGUAGCACAGGCAAUUAUACGCUCUGUGGUAGAUUUCAAAAGAGACCCGUGGCCCAGAGUAUCUGAGCCUGCUAAAGAUCUUGUCAGGCGGAUGCUGGAUCCAAAUCCAAUCACACGGCUUACUGCAGCACAAGUACUUGAACAUCCAUGGUUACACGAUUCCAAAAAGAAUCCUGACAUUCAACUUGGCGACACUGUCCGAGCAAGACUGCAGCAAUUUUCUGCAAUGAACAAAUUAAAGAAGAAAGCCUUAAGGGUGAUUGCAGAGCAUUUGUCCUUAGAAGAAGUAGCUGACAUAAAGAAAAUGUUUGAUAGCAUGGACGUAAACAAUAAGGGCCAACUAACCUUUGAGGAGUUCAAGGCUGGACUUCGUAAACUCGGAAACAAAAUGCAUGAUUCAGAUCUUCAGAUGUUGAUGGAUGCUGCUGAUGUUGAUAAAAACGGCACCCUUGAUUAUGGGGAAUUCGUUGCGGUGUCUAUCCAUGUGAGAAAAAUAGGCAAUGAUGAGCAUAUCCAAAAGGCUUUCUCAUACUUCGACCAAGAUAAGAGUGGGUACAUAGAGAUUGAAGAGCUUAGAGUGGCUUUGACUGAUGAGGUGGAUGGAGCUUGCGAUGAAGACAUUAUCAAUGGCAUCAUUCAUGAUGUAGAUACAGACAAGUUUCUGGAAUGGUUCCACAUGCAUGACCCACGCCGGCGGUCAGAAUUCAAAUGUUGCUGCAAGGACGGGAAGAUAAGCUACGACGAGUUUGCGGCGAUGAUGAAGGCGGGGACGGACUGGAGGAAGGCAUCCCGGCAGUACUCAAGGCAGAGGUUCAGCAACCUCAGCCUGAAGCUGCACAAGGAUGGGUCCAUCAGCGACGACCAGAAGUAG